AUGGGUGUGAGUGAGCAGAACUAUGGAGUCACCAAGUGGAACUCUUUCCAGGGCCCCACUCAGACACUCCAAUGUUUCUCUAGAAGCUGCACUGAUGUCAUAUGUUGUUUGAUCUUCAUCAUUGUCAUCCUCUCAUAUUUGGCCCUGGGAAUAGUGGCCUGGUUACACGGGGACCCCAAAAAGGUGCUCCAUCCAACAGACAGCUAUGGCCAGUUCUGUGGUCAGAAGGGAACAUCCAACGCGAAGAAACCCAUCCUAUUCUAUUUCAACAUCUUGAAAUGUACUAGCCCGGCUAUACUUAUCAACCUGCAGUGCCCCACAACUCAGGUGUGUGUUUCAAAUUGCCCAGACAGGUUUGCUACCUACAGUGAGAUGCAGCUGCAACACAAACUCAGCAAGAGUUACUGGGAAUAUUACAGACAAUUCUGUAAGCCAGGCUUUAAUAACCCGGAGAAGCCACUAUCUCAGGUUCUACGAGAUGAGGACUGUCCCUCCAUGAUUAUGCCUAGUAGACCGUUUUUCCAGAGAUGUCUACCCAACUACAACACUCUGAAUGAGACUGUGACUGUAGCUAACAGAACCAGGUUUAAAGAUGGUCUGGAGAUGACCCACACUAUUACUGAACUCCAACAUGCUGCCAAGGGUAUAACAGAACUAGUGGACACUAAGGAGCUGGGCGUGAAGAUAGCGGAAGAUUAUACCAAAACAUGGGCAUGGAUACUCAUAGGUCUGCUGUUAUCUUUGGUUGUUAGUCUGGUCUUCAUCCUGUUGCUGAGGUUCACAGCUGGGUUGCUCUUGGGGACUACAAUCAUCACUGUCAUACUGCUGCUAGCAUAUGGUAUGUGGUACUGCUCCAUGGAGUUGUCCCAGCUCAGACACAGACCAGGCUCUGAUGUUGCCAUUGUAGAAGUCGGCCUGCAGACUGAUAUGAAAGUCUAUCUACAACUCACACAGACAUGGAUCACAUUCUUGGUGUCUCUGGGAGUGACAGAAGCUACCAUCUUGUUAAUGUUGAUCUUCUUAAGGAAAAGAGUCCGAGUGGCUAUCACCCUGCUCAGAGAGGCUAGCAAGGCCAUCGGUCACAUCAUGUCCACACUGUUAUUUCCAGUCAUCACCUUUCACUUGCUGACUGUUUGCAUCUCCUACUGGGUGAUUACUGCAGUUUACUUAGCAUCCUCAGGUGAAGCCAUCUACAAAGUGAUGUCUCCUGAUGUAAGCUGUCCCUAUGCUAACAUUACUUGUAAACCUGAGACCUUCAACCAAACCAACAUCUCCACAUUAGCGCCUUGUCAUCAUUCUCAGUGUCUGUUUGCCUUUUAUGGUGGGGAGACAUCUUACCAUCGCAACCUCUUCCUGCUACAGUUGUCCAACCUGCUGGUCUUCCUCUGGCUAGUCAACUUCAGCUUGGCCCUGGAGCAGUGCACCCUGGCUGGGACGUUUGCUAGCUACUACUGGGCCAAGAGGAAGCCUCAGGAUAUUCCAACAUGUCCACUCCUUUUAUCAUUCAACAGGGCUAUCAGAUAUCACACAGGGUCUUUGGCGUUUGGAGCUCUGAUUCUUUCAACUGUCCAACUGAUCCGGAUCAUACUGGAAUACCUGGAGCCGAAACUAAAAGGUGCUGACAACAGCCUGUCCAGGUUCAUAACUCACUGUCUGAAAUGCUGUUUUUGGUGUUUGGAUAAAUUGAUACGCUACAUGAACCGUAAUGCGUAUAUCAUGGUGGCGAUUUAUGGUAAGAACUUCUGUACUUCAGCCAGAGAAGCCUUCUUCUUACUGAUGAGGAAUGUGGUCAGGGUUGCAGUUCUGGACAGAGUGACGGAUUUUCUGUUGUUUCUGGGCAAAGUGCUGAUAGCAGGAGGUGUUGGUGUUGUUACAUUCUUCUUCUUCACUAGGAAGAUCCCUAUUAUCCAGGAGGAAGUCCCUGAUCUCAACUACUACUGGGUCCCCCUACUGACGGUGGUGAUAGGUGCCUACCUUAUUGCUGAUGGUUUCUUCAGCAUCUAUUCCAUAUGCGUUGAUACACUCUUCCUCUGCUUCUGUGAUGACUUGGAGCGGAAUGAUGGUAGUUCAGAAAAACCUUUCCUCAUGUCACCAGAACUUCACAGAAUUCUGGAUAAAUCAAGUCAGAAGUGAUGAUCUCCUCCACUGCAUGAGCAGCUAGUCAUGUCACUCUUUAUCUGUGAGAGAAAAACAGUCUUGAUCUCCUGACCAUGCAUUAUAUCACAUACCCAAUGAUGCCAGGGUCCUUAUACUAAACAAACAUGAAACUGCAAUGUGACUCUGUAACACCGGACACCCUGCUGCACCGGUGAGGUGACGUGCCGAAAUGAUGGAUUAAGCUUGUAGUGCCAUUGUUGGUGCUUUUACCUCAGCCUUUUUAUAUGCUGUUUUUUUUUUAUUUAUUUAUUUUUUUUUUAUGAAUGUUCAAGAAACCUCAACAUGUGUGAAAAUAAGUUUAGAUGUAAGUGAACAUGGCCUAUAUGAGAUAUCUAUAGGAGAUAAAUCGAAGACGAAAUUUCAAAACAAAACCUUCACUCGUUCUUUUUACUGAAGACAAAUGUACUCUUGGUACUGUAAAUUCAGACCUGUGUUUCCAACCAAUGGAGUAACAAACUAAACAAACUUCAAUCUUCAAUUUGGACAACUCUUGAAUAUAAAAGAGAGAGUAACAUAAGGUCAGGUCACAUUCUGGAUUACUGUUUUCUUUUUAAGUCUUGACAUUUUCAUUUUUUUAUGUUGUCAGAUUAGAUACAACUCACAUCUGGAAUAUUAGUGACCAUCUUUUGGGAUGUAAACCCAAAGUUAAUGUUUCACCGCUUUGUCUGGUUUAUCUGUUAUAGACCCUGAUCACUUCUUAAAGGCUGCAUUAAUUUUUCUGUUUGUUGUUUGUUUUUAUUAUUUGAAAAAAUGUCAUUUAUUAAUUACAAAAUGAUUUCUUAAACUGGCCUUGUCUGUUUUCCAUGGAUAUGUUAUGUGGGACCAGAGGUGUUUUUUUUUUUUAACAGUGUCUAAAUAAAAUAAAAAUCUCAAGACCAUCCGUUAUUUUCACGGACACAGGACAUGGUCCACCAUAUUGUUCAGUAAUUUACAUCCAGGCUGUCAAUAAGCACAUGUAGAUGCCCUGGCCAGUUGGUGGUGAGUGUGCAUAUUAAUUAGCUAUUGUCUCAUAAUCUUGCUUUUUAUCUUUGUUUUUGAUGUCUGUAAGCUAAUACUUGCACAAUAAUGUAGAAGAAUUAAAUGACAAAAGUAGCCAUAGCAAUGUCAAAGCUUUGAGGCUGCUUAACCAGAGUGUAGCAGUGAAAAUGUGAUAAGCAUGGUUGUGUGCAUAUGGCAAAUACAAACACUCAACCAACUCUAUCCUGUCCUAAUAAACUAUAUACAGUGUUCAAACAGCAGAUAGGUCAGGGUAAUAGUUGAUAAAAAUGCUGAAGGAUACCUGACUUUAGCAGAAGGGGGAGCCUUGACCAUCAUGCACAGCUUUGCAGAAUGCAUCACAGCAACAACACAAUAUGUACUAUCAGGCCGUGGUGUAGCUAUGGUUUGGGUUGAAAACUGAUAUUGCGAGUGUGAUGGUGGGUUGAAAUUUUCAUUGUGGGGUGUACAGAGCAGCACUGGCUGCAGAGCUCCCUCAAAGGAUGUGUGUGAAAUACAAAAAAGCUACAGCACCAUUAUUAAUAACACACUACAAGAAUAACCCAAUCUGAUCAAACUAACUAAAUUAACUCUUUUUUUGGUUUUGUCAUUCAAAGAUGUUAUUCAUUUUAAUGAUGGACACA